AUGGCUGUCAUCACAGUCCAAGUACCCUCUGGAGCCUCACCCGGGAGCACUAUUCAGAUUGUUGAUCCUGCUACAGGGACUCCCCUGCAGGUUCAAGUCCCACAAGGUGUGUAUUCUGGCCAGACAUUCCAGGUCCAGACCCCAGGGGCUACAGGAGCGGCUCCUACAUACAGCCCUCCUCCCAGUAACAUACCGUAUGCUGAUGGCAACACUUCUUAUGGUGGUUAUAAUACUGGCUCGCAGCCUCCACCAUAUGCACAGCCGUACAAUGCUCCUCCUCAGCAAGUCAUCUAUACCACUAGCUCACCUAAUCACGGAAAGCACUCUGAUGAUACCUGCUGUGCAUUCCUAUUGGAUAUGGCUUUGGACGUCCCUUCUAAUACUUUUACUAAGGCCCAUGGCUUUUAUAUGUUCCCUGGUCCUCAGUAG